AUGACAAAGAAGAAAUCAAGCAAAAAGCCUUCCAACACAUCCGUCAAAGAGGCCAAACAAGAAACCAAUACACCAUCCCCAAAUGAAUCUGCAUUGCCAUUAGCAACAUCAGAAACUGAAGCAAGCAAUGAAAAUGGUAACAGCGAUCAGACUGUACAAAACACUCCGGAGGAAAGCAAUAAUCAACCAUCAUCAACGUUAACGACAUCGGAAACGGUUUCAAGUGAAACACACGAAAAUAUACCACCACUUCAUGAUUCCGAAACUUCCCAAGAUUGUACAAAUAAUACUCCACAAAUUAAUUUAUCAACAGCUACCUCUGGCAGUGAUACAAAAGAAGAAGAGGUCUCCCAAAUCAAUGGAGAUCAUCAUUCCACAAAUCCUUUUUCAACAACACAUGGUAGUGAAACCUCUACUUCCACAUCCACUCUUGAUCUUACCAAUUUGAACAAAGACAUUGUCGAAAAACAUGAAAAUUUUUUGAAAAAUGUAUGUGAAAUAGUGCAACAACACUCUGGAACAAUUGUUGCAUUUUCUGAGAGGCUUGUUGACAAGUUUUCUCAAUUGGACAAAACUCUCGAAAAAUCAAAAGAGCAAACUGCUAAAUUAUUUGAACAUAAUGAAAUUACGAAGAAAGAAAAUUCACAGAAGGGAACCUUGUUAGAUCCAUCUGUUCAACAAAUGCUCAUGGGGUUUAUGACACAAGUGGAUCAGCUGUAUGAGCAACGAGAUCGAGCAAUUACUGAGAAAAUGAGCAAAAUGGGAUCGAACUUGCAAAAAUUGAGUAACAAUGUAAAAGUUUUUGAAGAGGCAAAGAAAAAAGAAGUCUCAUCAGAGGAUAAAUCUCUCACAACAGAAGAAACUGUAUCCAAUAGUCAACCUACAACUUCCAAAGUGGAAUCAAACGUUGAGGAGAAUCUCACAGAAGAAGAACUCAAAAAGCGUUGCAAAGAACUCGAAGAAAAAUUCAAAGACAAGGAGAAUGAAUUUUCUUCUUACAAAACAAAAGUUGCUGAGUGGAAAGAAAAAGUGAAAGUAAUUAGCAAUAAGGACAUGAAGAAGAUUGAAGAAUUAAAAAAGCAAGUGACCACUCAUGAGAAGACAAUAGAAGAGUUAAACACUAAAAUUGAAGAGACGAACAAAAAGAACGAAAUCGUUCCAAACUUGGAGAAUAGUUUAAAAAUCAAAGAUGAUGAAAUUGAAAAUCUUAAAAAGGAGGUUACUUCGUUGGCUGAGAAAAUUUCACAAAAGGACCUCGUUAUUGAGCAACACCAAACAACGAUCAUGGAGAAGAAUCAAAUCUGUUCAGAGCUAUGUGAAAAACUUGACAGCGUCCAACAGCAACAACAAGAAGCAGCCAUGUCAUCUGCAAAAAAGGUUCGAAAAUUGCAAGAUCUUAAAAUUCUCAAAAAACUCGAACUUGAUUCCAAGACAUGGUUUUAUGUACAUCACAGUGUAGAAAAUAAUUUAGAGUGGAUUGAUCUCGAGGAAUUGAAACAAAUUCACUUAGCGGCACAAUCAAACUCAUCUCUCGAUUCUCUACUCCCAGAAAAAUCGAUCUUACAAAUUCAUGAAGAGCCACUGCAAUUAAAGCUUUCAGAAGAAUCCAAAAAACUUGAAGAACAAAUUAAAUUAUUCAACGAAAAGGACGAGGAACUAAAAACAUACAAAACACGUGCCCACGCUGCUCUCAAGAAGAAAUCAGACGCUCUCAAUCAAGCCAAAAUAGAUUAUGAGAAUCAAAUUAAUGAAUUGAAGGAAUCUCUCACAAAACAGCAAGAAGAAAAUGAAGAGCAAUCUAAAACAAUUCAGGAGCUUCAGGAGCAAGUUCAGAGCUUUAUAAUCAUUCAAGAAAAAGCUGUGAAGCUUGGAUCGGAUCUUGAUAAGGUCAUGUCAGAAAAAGAAGAUUUGGAGGACAAAAUGAAAUCCUUAGAAAAACAACUCUCUAAAACCAAGGAAGAUUUCAAUGAAGAAAAAUCCAAGAUUGUUGAAGACUAUGAACUUCAACUCAGACAAUUGGAAAGUAAGAAUAGUGAGUUGGAUGAACAAUUUAGAAAAGAGUUACGAAUCACCAGAGAACGAAAUAGAAGAAUUUUAGAUGAGAAGGAACGAGAAAUUACCAAACUUCAAAUGAAAAUAUCUGAGAAUCAGCAAGUGACUGAUGAAGCAGAACAAGUGAGAGAGAAACUUGUGUCACUUGAAAAUGAAAUGAAUUUGAUCAAAGAAGAGAAUGAAAGUUUAAAAAAACAAUUAACUGCAAUGAUGACGAAUGCAGAGAAUACAUCCACAGUAAGAACACCUCGAAAGAUGGAUCAAGCUCAAAUUUUAUCAUCUGCUUUGAACGAAGGACCAACAACUCCAACCUCAAUUUCACAAGAUAACAUUUCUGACCUCUCUCCUUCUGUCAGCACUUCAGAUUUGACACUGGAAAGAGAUUUUAAUCAACUCAUAGAAUUGGCUCAACUUCAAGCAUCACGAGAUACUGAAAUGAUGCAUUACAAGGAAACCAUUUCUAAACUUAAACAAGUCAUCAAGGAAAGAGAAUAUAGUGAGAAAUCUUUCAAAAUUUUGGAAAAACAAUUGAAAGAUGAAAUUGAACAUUUACAGCGACUUCAAAAGCAAGGAGCUCCCAAUCUCGAAUACUUGAAGAAUAUUUUGAUAUCGUUUUUAACUGGUGAGGACAGAAUUGUGAAAGAGAAAUUACUCAAAGUGCUUGCUCAAAUCAUGGAUCUUUCGAAGGAAGAGCAGGAAAAGAUUUCACAAAAAUGUUUAACUGAGCCUUCUUCAUCGUUAUGGAAUAUUUUUGGAUCUAAGAAAUAA